AUGGAGGACUACGAAACAUCCGACCACUUCACAAGGCGCAUCAAGAUGUCAAAAGACAUCGGGCGUGGAGUUUUGUUGUCGGCAGAGGCUCGCGCCGCGCUGUCAUCGUUGGACAACUUCAUGUCGCACCAGAACCCUACCAGCGGGGAGUUUUCGCUUGACCUCGUCUUGGAGAAGUGCUUGGACCUCACCUUCCCGCAAAAGGCGCGAAAGUUGUUUUUGGAUAAGACGAACGCCUACGUCAAGCACUGCGCGACGGCGCCGCCGCCCGGGGAGGAGGACAAGCGGAAGCCACACCAGAUGAAGAAGUCCACCACGCUCGGUGGCGUCACGCUCGGGGAGCCGUCCGAGGAGCGCAACACCUACGGCAUCGUGGGUGGCGGCAUGAAAGGUGACCCCAAGCUUCGCCCUUACAUGGACUGCCCGCUCGGCCGGACUACUCGCCACGUGCUUCACGUACUGUUGGGGGAGUGCGGCGUGUUGAGGCAGAAGAUCGAUGGCUCGGAGGUAUUCAUCGCCAUGGACAACUACUUCACCUCCCUCACUCUGUUCGAGUGCCUCGCCUCCCACGACAUAUUCGCUGUAGGUACCUGCCGCGCCGACCGGACUGCCGGCGCUGAUGCGUACCUCGAGACCCUCGGGCGUACCAUUCCUAACCGCGGCGACAUGAACUUCUGCCGUUCGUGGCAAGUGGCGUGCGUGCAGUGGACUGACUCCAAGGAUAUCUUCCUCAUCAGCACCAUCCACGUCGCGCAACCGGCCAAGGGAAAGGAGGAGGCAGGUGGAAUUGGGGGUGGAUUUGGCCGACCAACAGAACGGGCGCUGACCAACGCGUUUCCGAUUUUUCGCAAGUGGGUAGAACUUUUGAUCAGAGAGGUAGAGGCCAAGAAGCCCAUUGCACCAGGGGGUGAGUUGGAAGAGUUGGAGCUUGCGUCGACGGAGUUGGCGACACUGUCGAAGGUAGAGCGGGCUGUGUGGGAUGAACAGAUGGCAACGCUCCUUAUGGCGAAGUGUAACGUCGCGAGGCCCAACAAGGGUGGGAGGCGUCCGGCCUCGGACAACAAGCCGGCCGACCCCGUGUGGGGUAGCGUCACCCUCAAGAGUGGACGCCUGUGCUUGAACCCUACUUGCAAGACGAGGUCGACGAAAGGGUGCUCGUGCAAGCAAUUUUGCACACGGGGGGAUAAGUCUGGGGUUUUGAUGUGCGAAACAUGCUGGAAGAGCCCGGAGUCUCACGAGCAGGCGGCGAAGGCUUACUGGGAUGGUGUGGCUAAGGGCCGCAACAGAAAAGGGUUCGAAUGGCAGAGGGGUUCAGUUGAGACUGCUGGUUGA